CAACAUAUUGAUCGGAAACUAUAAAGAAAACUGGUGCUACAGUACAUCCUGAUUAUCAACGAAUCACAUUCUUACACACAGCGACGGCGUGACGAGUGCCGAGUCUUUCGCUAUUAGUAUUCCUUCCUAUGUGAUUGCUAUAUGAUUGUAUCAGAUUGUAUGAUACUGGAUUCAACAUAAAUAAAUGUAAAAUUGUAAAUAGAAUUUAAACGUUAAUAUUUUACAUGAAUAAAAUGUCGUUUACGGCAAUAUUUCGUGCAGCCAACUCAAGAAACUUGGCUGUAUGUGCUAAUAAAUUUCAUACAUCUGUGAUAUGUCUGGAUUUAAGAUGGAGAAUGAAGAAAGGUUUAGCAAUUAAUCCAAAUGCUGAAGGACCACUGCUAAAUCUACCAGAUUAUUCAUUCAAAGAUAAGGAAAAGCCUGUUCCUUAUCGUGCAAGGCAAUUGGGUCGUAUACAGAAGCAUCAAAAUUAUAUGAGGAGGAUAGCCCAGUUAGUUGGAGAAGUAGAUCAUGCAGUUGAGAAACACGCUAGAUUACUAAAAGAGGAGGAAGAACGUAGACAACAAAUCCUGGAUAGUAAAUUAAAGCCCAAGGGACAAAAGCUAAUUAGUAGUGAAUAAUACUGUUUAGUCAAUUUCAUGAUUUGUGAAUAAAUUUAAGAUAUAAAUUGUAUAUACAUUU